UCCAUAAUGAGGGCUGCACAGUGUUGCUGAGCCAUCAUAGAAUGCCAUUAAAAACCUCAUUGCAUUACAGUUACCAGUGCCAUUUGUGAAGUCUGUCCUGGUCCCCGUCUUCUUACAGGGUUCGACAGAAACAAAAGGCCAAGAUGUCAGAGAAAAAGAUGUCAUCGAGUCGUAAACACCAGCUGAAGAGCCUGAUGCUCUCAAUUGCUAAGGGUCUGCUGGAGAAGGAAGCAGCUGAGGCGCAGGAGGAAAGGAAGAGGUACAUGGAUGAAAACUGCCCUCCUCUGUCCCUGCCUGGAUCCUUGCAGGAAUUACAGGAACUGUGCAAGAAGCUUCACCAGAGAAUUGACGUGGUUGAUGAAGAGAGAUAUGACAUGGAAAGUAAAGUGACGAAGACUGACAAAGAGAUUGAAGACUUGAAGAUCAAAGUGCAAGACCUGAAGGGCAAGUUUAAGAAGCCAGCUCUGAGAAAAGUGCGUAUGUCUGCUGACUCCAUGCUCCAGGCCCUGCUGGGCUCCAAGCACAAGGUGAACUUGGAUCUGAGAGCCAACCUGAAACAAGUGAAGAAGGAGGUGAAGGAGGAGGAAAAAGAAGCAGUUGGUGACUGGCGUAAGAACAUUGAGGACAAGGCUGGCAUGGAUGGCAGGAAGAAGAUGUUUGAGUCAGAGGCUUAGACUGGUUCUCCCACUGCUUUCCCGAAACGUUUUCUUGUCAGCCAAGUAGCAUGUUCCAUUUGGACUCUCUCGAUCUUAAUAAUUAUUAUUUGCACAUGGUCAUGAUUUUUAAUACUGUGAAGUGGGGAAUACAUAGAUGUCUGUUGUGGCUUUGCAAGUGCCUUGCCUGAGUUGCCUCUUAGCAUCUAAGACUCACCCACAUGUGGGUAUUGUUUUUAAUAAAACAAUGCACCAUUUUGGAAAUAAGUCAUUGCACUUAAAAUGUUAGAGAAAAUGUUACUGGGAAAUACAGUUUAAUGCCAAAACAGCUUGACUACAAUCAAUGUUAAAAUGAAUAAAGAAUUUGAAUGAA